AUGGAUGAAGAUCUGAUCGAAUAUGCGCCAAACAUUCCCGAUAAUGUUUUGGAGUUAAUAUUCUCGUUCUUGAAGUUACAAGAUUUACGAAACUGUGCCCUGGUUUGCAAAAGUUGGUAUCGGUUUUUAUGUGAUGAAAAUAAUGAAGUUUGGCGAGCGCAAUGUUUACAAAAAGUACCAACGGAAGCGUUCAAGAACGAUCUCCUCUCUGUAGUUCCGACAUAUAAAUCAAAACUUCGAGCAUUUUUUCAUGCCUGGAAUCCGUUUGAUUGUAGUCGUCACGUAUAUAUCAAACCAAAUGGCUUCACGCUGCACCGCAAUCCGGUGGCGCAAAGUACUGACGGGUCUAGGAGCAAAAUAGGGUUCAGGCAUGGCAGGCACGCCUGGGAAGUAAGAUGGGAAGGUCCGCUUGGGACUGUAGCAGUGGUAGGAAUUGCAACCAAGGAUGCAGCUAUUCAAUGCCAUGGGUAUUAUGCUUUGCUCGGCGCUGAUGAUCAAAGCUGGGGUUGGAACCUAGUAGACAAUCUCUUACUGCAUAACGGAGAUGCGCAUGGUAUUUACCCUUUGUUGAAUAAUGCACCAAAGUAUAAGGUCGGAGAAAGAAUUCGGGUGAUACUAGACUGCGACGAUAAUACCCUAUCUUUUGAAAAAAAUUAUGAAUUUCUGGGUGUAGCUUUCACAGAUUUACCCGAUAAAAUAUUCUAUCCAACGGUGGCUGCUGUGUAUGGAAAUACAGAAAUAUCUAUGGUAUAUCUCGGUCCGCCUCUGGACGGCUAACGAAUUUUCUAUACCGGAUUUCAUUUCCGUACAUAUUAAGUGCAUAGGUAAUUGCUUUGUUACCUCAAUCGAGGCAGGUCCAAUCGAAAACCAAAAUAGUCCUCAAUCGUCCGACUUUCUUGUAAUCACAAACGGAAUAUUUUUAGGAAAACAACUUAGACACAACAAAUUAUUUAUUCGUUGCUAUCGAUUUAACUUACGGUAUUUUUUACUUUUGAAUCAGAGCCUGCUAGUCAAAUAGAUUUUUUGGUGUAUAAUAAUAACCAACUACUUUAAGAGAAUUUAUAUAAAAUGGACCAAAGGAAUAGAUGGUUAUUUUAUAUCACACAAAUUUGCAUUAUAUUCCAUAUAUUAAAACCAUACAUGUUCUUUUAAAGAAGAUUUGUUACUUGUUUGUAUGUAAAUGUUUGCUGUUUUAGCAUUCUUACAGUAUGCAUUUUUGCAUUUUGGUUUGGUAAAAUAAUUAUUGAGGUAUUGUAUGUGAUCCACAUCCGACAUAAAUGUAGCAGCUUAAUGGAUGAUUGUAUGUGAAAAAGAAGAAUACAAAACUGAUUCCGCUGCUUUAUUUGCUAAUAUUAACAAAUAGAAUAUAUAUUGAUAU